UUUGUCGAUAAAUUAUCAUUUUCCUUAAGGGCCCUAAGAAAUUGUUACAGUACUGUAUUGUCUAUUCGUAGCACUAACACGUAUAUGUUUAUUGCUCCUAUUUUCGGAAUUUCGGUACUAAUGCUUACGAGCUGUAUAUACAGCGAAAUAUUCGAAUUUUUCAUUUGACAAAAAUAGUAUAUCGAAACUAAUAACAACGGCGCGAUUUCUCCAAACGUUCUAGUCACACUUUCAUUCCUAGUUUUUUUUUUAAUAAAUGGCAAAUAUGUUAAUAAGGACUAGACAGCUUCAGUGUAAAGCAAAAAAUCCGGUAGUUAUAAGGGUGUUGUUGUUUUUUGGUAUACCAUUGAUAUAUUUUGUGUUCAUGUGGGCUUAUAAUAAUGUAAAAACUAGUGACGAACUAAUUGAUUUAGACUCUGGUUUCUUAAGUGUUCCAUCGCGGGAACUUCUAGGUAUAGUUGAUAGCGACAGAAAUUGUACACCGGCUGCUAUUCUAGAAUUUCCUCCUGACGGAUUCACUCGUUCACAGAGACAACAUGGUAUCAUAUUAGUGCAUUGUGUGCUGGCAAUGUACUGUUUUUUGUUACUGGGCGCUGUUUGCGAACAAUACUUCGUGCCGGUCAUCGACAUGAUAUGUGAACGUUUGGAUAUGGAAGCGGACAUUGCUGGAGCUACAUUUAUGGCAGCAGCGAGUUCUUGUCCCGAAUUGUUCAUCAACUGUGUUGGAACGUUCAUAACCGAAGGGGAUCUUGGAGUCGGUGCUGUAGUUGGGUCAGCUGUAUUCAAUGUCCUGGCUGUACCUGCUUGUUGUGCUUUGAUUGUUGGCAGGGUAAUCGAUCUGGACUGGUGGUCCAUAUCUCGGGACUGCCUCAUGUACGCGAUUGCUGUCAUCGCCCUUAUACUCACUCUACUUGACGACAAAAUAUAUUGGCACGAAGCGCUUCUGCUAGUACUUAUGUAUACUGUAUACAUUAUAACAAUGGUUUUCGAUGGCUGGCUGAGUUCACUAUUCAGAAAUGUUUGUUGUUUUCAAAAAAAGAAAAAAUUAUACACGGAAAUAUCACCUCUAAUAAUCAAAGACAAAUGCCCUCUGGAUGGUCCUCGGCGCAUGUACACCACAGAAAAUGAUGUGGAGAAUGGAAUGGAGAUGACAAAAAGAUGUGAUUCUCCUGCUUCAGAUACCAGUGACGAAAGUUCCAUAUGGUCCUGGCCAGAUGAGAAGACUUCUUCCUUAAAAAAGUUCUUCUGGGUUCUCACCUGGCCUAUAAGUCUGCUUUUAUGGGCCACAAUUCCGGAUUGCCGACGUCACCCUCGCCUAUAUCCUCUUACAUUUAUUAUGUGCAUCUCAUGGAUCGGCGGAGUAUCUUACCUCAUCGCUUGGAUAAUAACUAUUCUUGGAGACACAUUGAAUCUACCAGACAGUAUAACUGGAUUGACUAUUCUUGCGGCGGGAACGAGUUUGCCUGAAGCUGUUUCCAGCGUAUUAGUUACAAAUCAGGGAAAUGGUACAAUGGGCAUUAGUAAUUGUAUUGGAUCAAACACCUUCGACAUCUUACUCUGUUUGGGACUGCCAUGGCUUGUGAAAUCAUUAUUUUACCCUACUACACCCGGCAAUCACUGGGUUACGAUGAACUCUAGUGGUAUAUCAUAUAAUGCUAUCUCACUUUUAUCUACAUUGUUUGCCCUGUAUGGUUGUCUGGCUUUAAAUAAAUUUCAAUUAGAUUGGAAAAUAGGCAUCACUUGUGCCACAGUGUACGCGGGCUUCUUAAUUUUUGCAAGUCUCAUCGAACUAAACGUAUUUUUUAACGUUAAUCUGCCUACUUGUCUACAUUGGUAAAAUAGUUGUAUUAAAAUAUGUGUAAAUUAUCUUUUA